GAUGGCAGCCGCCAGCGAGGGGAGACCGAUCUCCCUCCUGCCGCGCCGGGACGCGCCGGGCCGGCCGCCGCGGGACGGUUACGGUGUCUACAUAUACCCGAACUCUUUCUUUAGAUAUGAAGGAGAAUGGAAAGGAGGGAAGAAACACGGUCAUGGGAAGCUGGUGUUUAAAGACGGAAGUUAUUACGAAGGCCAGUUUGUGGAUGGAGAGAUCAUGGGAGAAGGCUGCCGGCACUGGGCCUCGUCAGGGAACACCUACUGGGGCCAGUUUGUUCUGGGAGAGCCUCAAGGACAUGGCAUCAUGCAGUACAAAGCUGGCGGACGUUACAAAGGGGAGCUCUCCCAUGGCAUGAGAGAAGGACACGGGUGUCUGGUGGACCAGGACGGACAAGUGUACCAGGGGGCGUUCCACAACAACAAGCGGCACGGCCGGGGGCACAUGGUCUUUCUGAAUGGUGACAAGUAUGACGGCGACUGGGUCCGGGACCAGCGUCAGGGGCACGGGGUGCUCUGCCGCGCCGACGGCUCCACCUACCAGGGACAGUGGCACAGCGACGUCUUCAGUGGACUGGGCAGCAUGGCUCACUGCUCUGGGGUCGUCUACCGUGGAAUGUGGAUCAAUGGCCACCCAGCAGCACAAGCCACAAGGAUCGUGAUUCUGGGUCCGGAGGUGAUGGAUGUGGCCCCAGGAACUUCCUUCUCCUUGAGGGUUCAGCUGCAGCAGGACGACGGGGAAGUUGCCAAGAGUGAGGAUGGCCGGGUUUUAAAGAUCUCAGCGGGCGUCAGAUACGUGCAGCUCCCAGCCUACUCGGAGGUCAGCUUCUUCCAAGUGGACGAGGACAACCAGGAGAUGCCCAUCCAGACCCCGUUUGGGUUUGAGUGCAUCGCCUAUCCUUUGUCCAGCCCCAAGUCUGGGGCCCUGGAACCCAGAGCUGCCCUGGAAAGUGCCGGAGCCGACUCGCCGCUCCCCAAGGGAGACCUGGAGCCAGUGCUGGCAUCAGACACCUUGCAUGGCCAGGAGGACACCCCCGGCGGCCUGCUUGCCGGGGGAUGCGAGCCCAGCUGUCCUGCGGACUGUCGGCGAGUGGAACAAGGCUGUGCCCAGUUCGAGGACAUCCGCCUUGGGCCACCUCCGCCCGGGUACCACCCCGUGCUGUUCCUGGAUGGCCCCCAUGAGAAGGCAGGCAGCAGGCCCAGAGGCUGCCUGCGCCCCAGGAGGACAGCGCCCACCGCACAGGACGCGCCAGGAGGCAGCAGGACGGCGAUGCUGCCCACACUGAGGGCCCUCGCCCGGGAACAGGGGCAGCAGGAGUGUCGCCGGGCCGUGCCCCCAUGGCUGACAGUCCUCUCGGCAGUUCGCUCAGAUGGGCCCAAGCACCUGGAGCCAUGGGCAGCUGGCUGCAGAGCGCUGCAGAGCAAGAGCGCCGGUCAGUCCCUGCGGAGCGGCCCGCGCUCGCCCGCCCCUGCUGCCUGUGGUUUCCUUUGCCUGUGGAAGCUAGUCCAAGUGGUCUUCAUCAGGGACACAGCCGGCUCCUCCGGGCAGGUGACCCUCCCCAGUGGGCAGGCGAGGUGCGGCAGAGCGGCCACACUGCCGCCUGAAGGUAGAGAUGGGGCCUCGGAGGACGGUCAUGCCUGCGCCUGCCCGAGGCCUGCAGGCGGGGACUUUGUGGUCACUGCAUCCUCAGGGCCCCAGGAGCUGUGGUCCCCAUCUGGGGGCAAGCCACAGGUUCCUGACUGGAAGGCCGGCGGGCUUCCAGGUCCGGGCCCUCUCUGCCCCCUCGAGCAGCUGGGCCUGUCAGCAGAGCCUGUGGCCCGCAAGCCCCUGCUGGCCGGCUGCCGCCAGAAAGGUCCCCCUGUGGAGGGCAGGGGGGGAGGUGCCUCCGCCUUCUCCUUUGCGCUGGCAUCGGCCGUCCCUACAGCAGCCACACUGUCUGCUGACUGGCCAACAGAGCUGGCACUGACGCUGGGGCCGUCACUGGGCCUGUGUCCUGAGCUUCGAGGUGGUUUCCUUCACCCAAAAUUCAUUUAUUCACCCACACUGACUGUGCGCCCGGCACCCAGGGAAGAUGGUGGCCACUCCCACAGGCCCAAGAAGAAGGCCUGGAGCCCCGAGCGGGGCAUGGAGGCACGGUCUUGGGGUCCUGGGGUCCCGGGGUCCCAGGGCAGGCGGGGCAGGGCCUCGUGGGGAGUGAAGAGCUGGGGCUGGAAUCUGUACCUUUUCAGCCCAGAGGAAGGGGGGGGGCAGGCGCAGGAGCCUGGGCAGCAGUGGCCGCUGGGGGCUGCGUCCAAGCAUCUAUCUCUUGCAGGGGAGUACGUCGUCAUGAUCCGUGACGUGACUACCCCCCCGUUCCUGGGCCGCACGCUGCCCACCGCCUUCAAACACCUUCGGAUCUCUGCGAAGGGGGCCAGACAGCAGCCCUGCGUCCCUGGAGAAGGCCCAGAGGCCCCCAGCUAAGAGGGCUGCCCCUGGUGCACACGAGAGUCACCAGCCCCUGGGGAUGCAGCAACCCCUCGGGAGACCGCCCUCCAUGUGAAUGGAAGGAAACACCGCCUCUGCUUCCGGGGGGGCCGUCCUCCACC